AUAUAUAUAUAUAUAUAUAUAUAUAUGUAUUUCUCGUAAGUAUAGUAUUCCAUUCUGUUGCAUUGUAGGCUGGACCGGAUGGAGUGGUUGUUGUCCGUAUCGUUUGUACUGUCCCGUGGUGCAUUCAGCGCAUGCUAUCGCACAUGCGUGUGUGCGGGAUCUGCGCUCACACACAAUUCCUAGACAGCACGCACAGAAGUGCACCAGCGUUGGCGGAUAGGUAUCCCCUCCACUCCCACGCCAGGACGAAGCAACCCGUUCAAGACCUCCUCUUGCUCCUGUCCAUUUUUUUCUGGGCCUUAGGUUGGCGGGACCACUUUGACGAGGUGACAGGACCGGUUGUUCUUGGGUGUUUCCCGCCGCACCUCCCCACGCACUCGGCCCUAUGCACCCAAUUAACUGGACACACGGCCUGGUCCAAUGUAUCGGUGGUGUCAUGCGGAAGCUCAGGCGGUCGACUCCCACAUAUUCUCGCAGCCGCUGGGCUGCAUAAUACACAACAGCAGGCCUACAUAAUGUACGAUGUGUACCAUGCACCCUGUACCGUUGCUGUCGUUGCAUAGCAACCUGUCUGAGCACUACUCGCAUAACACAUGUCUGUUGUUGCACGUGCCACACAGUCGUGCGCUCUGCAGCUCUUACUAAAGCAACGCCUUGUGAUAAGACGGGAGGUUCCUGGGUUGAGUUGCCGUCAUCCGUACUAGCAGACGAUCGGCCUUGAUCCGGCGUGCCGUUCUGUAGGAGCUGGCUACGCCCACACUUUUGAACAACUGGGUUAGGACCAUCACCACAACACACAGCUGCAUGGAAGUGCCGUCGGUGG